AAAUAAACAGAGUGGUCCCACACUCAGAACUGCAGAGACUGAGCAUUGUCUCUUCUUCUGUAUUCAUCUCCAUUUCUCUGUCUUUCUUCGACCCUAAAUAAUCUCUUCUUUAGUCUCUCUUCUAAUUUCUUUCUUUACUCAAAAAAAAAAAAAAAAAAAAAAGAAGAAGAAGAGUGUGAGUGAGUGACUGAAUUCUUGGCCUGUCAUGAACCCUAUUAGUACAGAGCUCUUAACGGUUCUUUUCCUUUUUAUCUGCUUGGCCAACUCGUGACCUUCUUCUCUUUCUCUUUCUCUCUGUAUUUUAUACUCUUUUUCAGUGUAUAUCAACUAAGAGUUAUCGUUUCCCGUAUUGGGUAACUUUCCUUUCUAAAACUAAGAUAUUUCUCCUUCUCUUCAUCCAAAACUCACUCACAUCAUCAUGAUGGUCUGAGACUCUGAGCUGAGUAGUAUAUAUCUGGACUCUCUGUUAUUUUUUUUGUUUUGUUUUAAGACACAGAUAAAAUAAGCUGUUUUCUGCCUAAUCUAUAAUUUAAUUUAAUUCCUUGGAAAAAGGUCUUUUUAUUCCAGUGUUUUUUUCCUCUCUAUAGUUUAUCUCUAUAAAAUAAAGAAUCCCUUUGGCUUUUUCCCACUCCUUUUUAUUUUAGCCCUUAAAAUCCCAGAACUAUAGUGUACUUUACAAGGGUUUAGGGUUUUGUGCAUAUUCCUCUCUUUUGAAAAAAUUUCUCUCUUUUUUUAGUCACUUGAGAAAACAAAAGUGAAAUAAAAACGCCAACUGCGCUUCAAUCUCUCAACUUCUAAAUUCUCCAAAUAAAGUUAAUUGUUUGAAAUUUUGUAAUUAGAGAGUUGUCUUCCCUCAUGUUUCUACCACAAAAUAGUACUAAUCUGCAAAUGUCUUCGUGUCUGACCGGAGGAGGUGGUAGGACUUAUGCAUUCGAAUUAGAAAUCGUGAAGUCGGCAUCAUCGGCAUCGACCACUCGAAAUUCGAAUGCAAGUUCAUCUCCACCAUCUUCAACUCUAUCGGAAUCGAGCAAUUCGGGUCUUGCAAUCACUACCAGAAAGCCCAGAACUCCUCGGAAACGACCCAACCAGACCUACAAUGAGGCUGCGGCAUUGCUCUCCACAGCUUACCCAAACCUCUUCUCCAAUCCCAUUCAAUUCUCCAAAUUGCCUCCUCACUUCAAUCCCCAUGCUUCCUCGCCGAUUCCGUUCGACGACUCGACCGAUUUGCUCUUACCGUUCCAACUCAUCGACGAUGACGAAGAUGGUUCGGGCUUCUUGCUCCAUCACCGCUACCACCAUCGAAAACACACCUCUCGCCUUGAAUUUAAGCUCGCCGCUAAUUCUUCCACGUCGUGUCAGAGCCCCGGCGAGUUCGAUUCUCGGCCCAAUUCGAAUUGCGAUUCUGAAUUGAUGGAUUUGGGAGAGACUGCCACUACUACUACUACGACUUCUACGGGAUAUGCUUACCAGGAUGAUGAUUUUGAUGCCGAAUCAAUUCUCGAUGAGGAGUUUGAUGAGGGCGGAAUUGAUAGCAUAAUGGGGAAUCUGACCGUCGAUUCCUCAGCCGCGGCCACCGCUGAAUCUAGCGUAGGCGGGGGAUUUUGUUACGGGUAUCCGAUGGGGUUGGGACUGGGAUUGGGGGGGAGGUUUGAAUUAGGGUUGGGGAUGAUGAGAAGGGGAGGAGGAGGAAUUAGUGCUUUGAGAAAUGUUGAUGAAGGGAACUGGUGGAGCUUUCCCACGGUGGAUGUAAUGGAGCUCUCGCCAAAGUUUAGGAAAGCUCCGGCGCCGGUGCCGGAUAAAAAGAAGAAGAAGAAGGCGGUAGUGUCGGCGACCAAGGAGAAAGAGGAGAAGAAAUCGGCGGUUGUUACAGAGUCGAAGAGUCUGGAGUUAGUGUCGGGUUCGAAGGCUAAGAACAACGAGGGUUUGUCGCUGAAGCUCAAUUACGACGACGUUUUGAACGCUUGGUCAGAUAAAGGUUCACCGUUCUCUGACGAUGCUCCGGGGUCAGACCUACCUGAAAAUGACGUCACCGCCAGAUUGGCGCAGAUUGAUUUGUUCCCGGAGACAGGCGGAGUAAGAGAAGCGAGCGUAUUGCGAUACAAGGAAAAACGGCGUACGCGCCUCUUCUCUAAGAAGAUCAGAUACCAAGUUAGAAAAGUCAACGCAGAUCGACGGCCCAGAAUGAAGGGGCGAUUUGUUAGAAGGCCAAACUCAAGGCAUGAGUGAAAGAUAAAACAUGUCAAAGGAAUUAUAUUACUCUUUUUUUGAUUGAGAAUUUCAGAUGAGAUGAGAUCACCAUCACCAUUUCUGGUGUCAAUAAUGUCCUUUGUCUUUUUAUAUUCAAUAAUAUUUUUUUUCAAAACGUUAAGCCAAAAAAAGAUGAAGGCAGUUAGAAGUGAAGAGUGGAGAAUCCAACAACUAUUUUUUUUUUUUGCCUAUACAGGUUCAUCAAUGAUGUAUUAAUUUCUCUCUGUAAUGUUUGGUUUUUUGGUCUUUGGAUCAUAUGAUUAAAAUCUCUACUUUGUUCCAAGGA